AUGCCUGGAGAGAACUGCACCUUAGUAUCUGAAUUCAUCCUCGUUGGCUUUUCCACAUUACCCUCAAGGCUGCAGCCCGUUUUAUUCAUUCUAAUCCUGCUGAUGUAUUUUUCCACUUUGUUGGCUACCCUGCUCAUCUUGAUCACAGUCCAGAAUGAGCGCAAGCUCCAUAUGCCUAUGUACCACUAUCUGUGCACUCUGUCCCUCUCGGAAAUCUUCUACACCUUCGCCAUUAUUCCCAAGAUGCUCUCUGAUUUGCUCUCCACCCAAAGGACCAUCUCCUUUCUAGGCUGUGUCAACCAGAUGUUCUUCUCCUUCACCUUUGGUUUCACACACUCCUUCUUGCUUACCACCAUGGGCUAUGACCGCUAUGUUGCCAUCUGCCACCCCCUUCGCUACAAAGUCCUCAUGAGCCCUCAGGGAUGUAUCCAGCUGGUGGCCACCUCAUGGUUUUCUGGCUUAGUUAUGGGGCUGGUAGUCACAGGUGCCAUUUUUCAUUUGUCCUUUUGUGGGCCCAAUGAGAUCCACCAUUUUUUUUGUCACGUGCCCCCCAUUGUAAAAUUAGCUUGGGGGCAUGUCUCGGUCACUGCCCUGGGGGUGGAGAUGCUGUGUAUCACAGCCUUGCUGGGCUGCUUCCUCAUCCUCCUGUCCUACACCUUCAUUGUGGCCACCAUCGUGAAGAUCCCCUCAGCUGAGGGCCGCCACAGAGCCUUCUCCACCUGCGCGUCCCACCUCAUGGUGGUGGUGGUGCAUUACGGCUUUGCCUCUGUCAUCUACCUCAAGCCCAAGGCUCCUCGUGCCCUUGAAGGGGACACCCUGAUGGGUAUCACCUACACUGUCCUCACCCCAUUCCUCAGCCCUAUCAUCUUCAGCCUGAGGAACAAGGAACUGAAAAAUACCCUGAAGAAAACCUUCAAGAACUGUCUCUUCCCUCCAAGUAUGUGA